AUGUCAAGUGCAAGACUAUCAAGAGUAGAUGAUCUGGUAGAGAAAAUCAAGCGCCGAUAAAUAUCAAGCUCUCAUGAAUAUGCACUAUUGACCUCAAAAAUAUUUAAAGAUCUGAUCGAACAGUCUAAAUGGGCAGAUGCCAGACAGCUUUUUAUCUAAGCUAGAAAAAUUGGCAAGAAGCUGAUAGUAGCAGAUAAGAUGAAUUUCACCAUAGGAAAUGUUGUUAAGAGAGUUUAUCAUAUAAUCAGAGAGGAGUGCAAAGCUUUGAAGAUUUCACUAAAAGAAUAAAAUCCAAUUAGAAUGGAUUCAUUGAAAUCAAUUACACUUAGAGGAGCGAGAACAAAUAUUGAUAAUAUGGAAAAUUCUUUAGAUUAGAUUGUAGAAGAAGAUGAUGAGGUAGAGGAUCUAAACAAUCCUAGUCCAAAUAUUAGCACUAUAAAAUCAAAUAGAUAAUCAUAACUCAAUCUUGGCAAUUCUGAGAGUAAAAGAGGCUCUGCAUAAAAUCUAAUAUAGAAUAUUAAUAGCUAAUUGAAGAACUCGCUAAUUUAAUCAAUCAAUCUAAUGAGAGAUGAUAUCGAAUCUGUUCAUGAAACUAUAGAAGAUUAAGCUAGAGAACAUAUCCAUUCAAAUGAUGUCAUAUUAACCUAUGGAAGAAGCACCAUUCUAAACAGCUUCUUUAAGGAGGCAGCAAAUGAGAUAUUCUUCGAGGUUUUAGUAUGUGAAUCUGCUCCUUCAUAUCUUGGCCACCAAACAGCAAAAGAAUUAUCAUCAUACAACAUUUCAACUACUUUAAUACCUGAUUCUUCAGUUUAUGCACUUAUGUCAAGAGUUGACAAGGUAAUCAUCUCAACCCACUCUAUUAUGGCUAAUGGUGGUUUGGUUACUCACUCAGGAGCUUAUAUUAUUUGCUAAGCAGCCAAGGAGCACUCUGUGCCAGUUUAUGUGAUCGGGGCUUCAUACAAAAUGACACCUCUAUAUCCAUUCGACUUUCUCACAUUCAAUGAGCUACUUUCACCAUAGGAGAUUUUUACUUUGGAAGAAAAUGAUGUCAAAGAAAAUAUUGAGGUGAUUGUACCAGCUUAUGAUUAUGUACCACCUGAAUUCAUUAGCCUAUAUAUCACUAAUAUGGGUGGUUAAACUCCAAAAUAUAUCUACAGAGUGUUCACUGAAUUCUAUUCGCAGGAUGAUAUUUAUGAUCUGGAUGAUGAGAAUGAAAAUGAAGAUGUGGAUCAGAUUAAUACUUAAUGA